GGACCUGAAAUAUCACAAACAAGCACAACCUAGCGUGAAAUCGGUCUAAAACACGAAAAAUCACAUCUCAAACGGUGUAAGAACAGGGGUAAAAACAUGUGUAAUUUACGGUCUAUCAGUACGAUGAGCUGAGAUUACGGGAAGGAGAGUUGUCCACAGACGAUAGGAUGGAGUUGGCCGACAUGAUGGUGGCCGGGGUUGCUGCUCUAGGUUUGGAUUCUCGCCGACAUCAUGAUAUGAUGGUACUGGUACAGCCACAGUCAUCUGAUCCUAGCGUUGACCCAUGGCCAGAUCGUACUGCUGAGAGACAUGAGUGGGACGUGCGAGGACCACAGCUCACAGAGGAGCCCAGGAGGCGUAGACAGCGACGUGAGCACCGCGACGUGCCUCACCCAGUCCGGAUUUCAGAUCGUCAGCGAGCACGUCCUGUCCGGCCGACUACUACCUUAAACAUCAUGCAGCAGUUUCAGCCCUCUUCUUCUGCGGGAUUUCAGCCCUCACAGGACCAGUUUCAGCCCUCCCAGACGCAGUUUCAUGGGGAGUGUUCUUAUGGGUUUCAGCCUUCUCAGACUCAGACCCAGUUUCAGCCUACUCAGACGCAGUUUCAGCCCUCACAGCACCAGUCUCAACCCUCCCAGACGCAGUUUCAGCCUUCGGGAUUUCAGCCACCACUCGAUAGCUUUCAUACACCGCUGCAGCAUGUUAUGAUGGGUGGCGGAUACACAUCUUCACCCAGAGCAGCAUCAACGAGACCAUCCUCACCCUAUAGAUGGAGAGACACCAUAGACGGGGACGAUCAUUUUUUGGACCAUAUGUGGCAUCCUCAGUCUCAGAUAGAUGCACCUGACGAGCAUCCCCAGUCUCAGAUAGAUGGUUUGUUCGGUACACAGGAUCAGGAUGAUGAUGAUCAGUCUCAACACGAUCAGGGCAGGCCAGUAUGGGACAGACAUGCACCGUUGUGUGGUACUGGCGGUCAUCUUGUGGAUCCUCUUGGUGGUGGUCGUCGUGGUGGAGGUCGUUAGUAUUAUUAUGUAUGAUGGUGAACUAUUUAUUUCAUGUCACGUAGGAUUAUUAUCUAUGAUGGUGGACUAUUUAUUUCAUGUCAUGUAGGAUUAUUAUGUAUGAUGGUGGACUAUUUAUUUCAUGUCAUGUAUGAUUAUUAUGUAUUAUGGUGGACUAUUUACACACUCGAUCGUUCAAACCAUAACAACAUCGAUCAAUCCAUUACAUAUACGUCGAAAAACAAUAACAAACAUCAAAAAAUUACACACUUGAUCGUUCAAACCAUAACAACAUCGAUCAAUCCAUUACAUAUACGUCGAAAAACAAUAACAAACAUCAAACAAUUACACACUCGAUCGUUCAAACCAUAACAACAUCAAACAAUUACAUACCACGUCUAUUACCACUACUUCCUCUUCUACCACCUCUCGCACGUCUACCACUUCCUUUUCGUUGGCUCUCACUUCCACUUGCUCCUCCACCAGAAGUUUAUGCAUCAUGUCCACCUAGUUCCUCUCUUGGCCAAUCCAUCUCGUUGUGAAUUCUUGUUGUUCGUGGCCUCCCCGGUUUCCUAAUCAUGUGCACGUUAGGAUGGAGAGUAGAAUCAUUGUGCUUCUUCCACCCCUUAGGUUCACCAAGAGGUGUGAAACUUGUCCCAUAACAAGCCAACACUGUUUCCAGCUUAUAGAUGUCAUUUACAAACCUAUACGGGUUAGCCCCCAUUCGGUUGCAAGCUUCAAUGGCAUGAGAGCAAUGAAUUUUAUUUCCUUGGAAUUUCCCACAAGUGCAAAAUCCCGCUCGAUUGUGGUCAUCGAAAUGCACUGUGAGUGUGUUCGAACCCGUCAUGUUGAAAUUGUUGGGAAGAGUCUGUACUACAUAGAUGCCCUGACGUCGAUCAACCCCCGUCACAGAAUGUCCCACUGCCUUUUGUGACCAUGUCUUCAUCUUCUCUUCGCACUUGAUGGUGUACUGUGAAGGUCCACUUCUGAUUUGUGCUUCUGUCUCCAACCUCAUCUUGUCGAAUUUCUCCAAUAAUCGCCAAUAAGUAUGUUGCACAAGAGAAGCUAUAGGAAGUGAACGAAUACCUUUGAAAACACCAUUGAUGCUCUCUGCCAUGUUGGUCGUCAUCAUAGACCAUCGAGUCCCACCAUUAUAGUUAUCAUGUGCUAAGCUCCAACGAAUUUGAUUUUGAUCCACCCAGUUAUCACAAGAAAUAUUUCUUUCAGUGGCCAUCUUCUUAAAUUUCUCAACUUGACGAUCGAACUUCUCCAAGCGUUUUUCUCGGGUUAACAAAAUAAAUAACCACAAGAGUUAGAUAAAUUCAUGAUAAUAUUAAAUUAAAAUUAAUAAGAUGUUGGAGUGUCAAUCAAUAACGAUGAAGAGACUUACCGACUCGAACCAGUUGGUUAUACAUAAUUUUGCUUUUUGUCUUCUUUUUCAAGUUGCUUGCAUAGUGUCGCAUGCACCACCUCCACUCCCAACCUCUUCCGAUGUCACCCAUGGCUUCAUAGAGUCCCGCAUGUCUAUCUGAGAUGAUGCAUACGUCAUUUCGAUCGGUCAAACCUUGAACACGAUUUAUAAACCAUGGCCAACUUUCAGUAUUCUCGCUCUCCACAAUGGCAAAUGCUAUUGGAAAAAUCUUCUUCCGGCCAUCAAAUGAGCUCGCCAUGAGUAGCACUCCUUUAUACUUUCCAGUAAGAAAGGUUCCAUCAACAACCAUGACUCCUAGACAAUUCUUGAAUCCAUCUAUACAAGGUCCAUAAGCCCAGAAUACUCGCUGAAAGAUCGAAUGACCUGGUUGAUCUGAAGGAACUCUUACCCAAUCAAUAACUGAUGUUGACAUUUUUCUCUUUACCACCCGCAAGAAUGUUUGCAAAUAAUCAUAGGAUUCUUCC